CUCAGAACCGGAAGGUCGGUUGUGUUGUUCUACUCUGUCUGCCACUGAGAGAAAUCAGAGGGGAGCGGUUUAUUACGUUUCAAACACAAUCGGUACGCUUUGUGACGCCUUUAUCCAAGUGAAGUUAUUUGGCAAACCCCUCCGCCCCAUCCCCAGUUGUUCUGCUUUCCUUGAAGAAGGAGAACAUUUCAGGGUACCAUUCUACUCGUGAGAAGUGUUACUCAUAAAAAAUACACAAGCAACUGGAUAAAAUAGCAACAAGGAUUGUGAGCACAGUGCUGCUACUGGAAGUGGAGAGAAAGAGGUUGUAUUCAUCAAGUGGAAUUCAAAUUGCUGUUCAGAUUCACAAAGCCAGAAGGCUCCAUCAAGAGCCCCGUAACAAUGACAACCCUGGAUGACAAACUGAUGGGGGAGAAGCUCCAGUACUACUACAGCAGCAGUGAGGAUGAGGGUAGUGACAGAGAGGAGGAAGGGGCUGAAGGGAGGAAGACCAUCCACAAUCCUGAGGUUCUUGAGAUGGAUUACAACCAGGAUGGGAGCGCUGUUAAUACUGGACCGAAAGGUGUCAUCAAUGACUGGCGUAAAUACAAACAGCUGGAGAACGAGCAGCGGCAGGAGCAGCGCUCGGAGAUGGAGCUGCUCAUCAAGAAGCUGUCUCUGACCUGCCGCUCACACCUGGACGACGAGCGUGAGAAGGACAAGGAGAAGGAGCUGCAAGAGAAAAUCAACGGGAAGGUGACCCUGCAAGAAUACAACCAGCUUCAAGCAGAAAACGACAACGAGGACUUUCUGCAGCAAUACAGAAAACAGAGAAUCGACGAAAUGAGAAGGCAGUUGUACAGCGGGAAGAGAUUCGAGCAGGUCUUUGAACUGGGGAGCGCAGAAGAGUUCUUGGACACUGUAGACAAAGAGGUGAAAGGCACGCUGGUGAUGAUUCAUAUCUAUGAAGACGAUAUCCCUGCCUGCGAGUCAAUGGCGGGCUGUAUGAUAUGUCUAGCCGCCGAGUACCCUCUUGUUAAAUUUUGCCGUGUCAAAAGUUGUGUGAUUGGUGCCAGUGCCAGAUUCACUGGGAAUGCCUUGCCUGCUCUGCUGGUCUACAAGGAAGGAGAUCUGAUUGGCAAUUUUGUGCGUCUCACAGAUCAGCUUGGAGAAGACUUCUUUGCAGUAGAUCUGGAGGCGCUAUUGCAAGAGUACGGCCUUCUGCCAGAUAAACAUGCAGUGAUCCCAACCUCUAUCCGGAAUGCCUCUAUCAUGUGUCACACACACAGCGAUGAAGACAGCGAUCUGGAAAUUGAUUAGCUUAAAACGGAAAUUCAAGUCUGUGAUAUAAAGCAACAAAUAUAUGAUUAAUUAUGAUCCUAAACAUGUUUGCAGGAACAUAAAAUCUGCAAUAAUGAUGUGCUAACACCUCAAUCAAGAUGUGUUUAUUUAUUUUUAUCUCUUCUUUUCUGUUUGUAAGUCAUUCCCUCUUUAUCGACCGAGUGGUCUUGAUCCCUGAGCUAAAGGUGUGUUUUCUUUGAAACGUUCAGCUUGUUGUUGACAUAGCUAGUGCCAUUUUAAUAUAUAAAUUUGAUUGCUCAUCAAAUAAAUUGGAUCCACAUAUGCUCCAAUUUGAGGGACUGUGAAAGCACAGUUUUAGACAACAUUAUGUGUUCAAGAUUUCAGCCAUCCUCUCAAACAAAAGAGAAACCCUCACCACGGCAACACAUAGUUUGCUUACCUUGGGCUGCACAAAUGUAGGGUAUGUCGUUUGCAUAACUGGAAAGAUUGGUUAGCAUUGUUUUACAUGCAGGUUGUGUUUUUUGUUGUCAGACGAAAUCUGGCAGUGGGGGGAUUUCUGAUUAUUGAUCAUACUGAACGAUACAUCAGUGAUUGGGAAUCAAUUAUUUAAGGUUGGUUUAGCAACUGCAAAAUCACCCUGUGUGUCAUCUAGACCAUUAAUUCAGUGUAUUCGUACAGGUGUUGCUAGAAACAGGUAGAUUAUGAAAGAAAGUGCUAAAACAUCGAGUUAGCAGUCGCAGCAUCUCAUUAGAGACUUGACACCUGAUUAUUUAUAAAGCAAUAAUCUAAUCCAGUCUUAAACUAUUGCAAUACCAAAUAUUCUGCUGUUAUUAAAUACCUUGAACUUUUAAUGUAAAUGUUUAUUAACAAGGGAACGAACUUUUGAGUACUUAUGUGGUUUUGGAAAGUACAUUUUCAGCCUGUCUUACUGUGCAAUUAUGAGAAUAAUUCAAAGAUAAUAACAUCUUGGUAUGAACCCCAUGCAAUAUGUACAGCAAAGCUACAAAUACAAGCCUGUGGGGGCACAGUUCAAACCUCUUGGCUGUGCAAUCAUAGUCCUCAUUGAGAGUUCCCCUGCAAAUGGUAAUAAUUGUUUUUUAAGAACUCUUUCAGUCCAUUGGUACUUAAACAGUACAGCAAUGGCCAAAUCACAGGAGCCUGUCCUGUUUGCAUGCCACUCCACUUCUAAUUAGAACUGGGAGGCUCUCGUAGUGGCAGUUGAUGUACAUGGCAUUGUGUUUGCUGAAGGUGCUCUUACAAUGCUGAGUGGAACUAUAGUAAAUGUAAAAACCAUCCAGAGGGACAGGUCCAGCUUCUUCACAAUCAGAUCAAUAAAAGAGCCUGUUUUUAAUAGCCCAAGUUGAUGCAUUCAACCACAGCUGCAUUAAGUGGAGAAUGGAAUUAACAAUGUGGUCUUGUGUGUGCUCCCAUGCUUGCAAUGCUAUUUCCUUAAAGGACUGCUAGUCAAGGUUUUAAAAUCCAUGUUCAAUGUGGGUAAUGCAGCUAUUUCAAGCAGCAUUCUAUAAAUGAGAAGUGGCUUGCUGGUGCCUAACCUGGACACAGCAGUUUAUCUGCAGUAUAGUAUUGUAUUUGCAUAGCCUGAAUUAACAUACAAAACUAAUGAAAAACCACAAUCAUCUAUUGUAGUCCCAUUGUUAACAGCCUUCCUCCUUGGUUUUGUGUUCCACAUGUAUAAUGUUUUGCUGUCUACACUGAUUGCUUCCCUCCCAUGCCACCUCAGCAGUUCAUACGCAGCACUGAUAAUUGGGAAUCCUCAACUAACCAGUCGUUUCUGGUUCAGCAAGCGAUUGGCAAUGACGAUAACCCAUUCCUUUUUCUAAUGUCAUUUUGAAUUCCGUGCUGGGAUUUUAAAACUCUGUUGUUUUCCUUUCAGCUUUUACACAAGGCAGAAUGACAUUCCUGUUAGGAUUUUGAUAAAAAAAAUAAUUUUGUUUGAUGACAGAAAUGACAUAAGCCACAAGCCAGAAUUAUUUUGUUUUCUUACAAUAGACACCUAUUGUGCUGUAGAUAUACUGAGCAAAGAAUGCAUGUUUUAGAAAAGGUUGCUAGUUGUAGAAAAUAGGUUGUCAACCUCAGUAGAGAGCUUUACUGUAACCUUGCAUGCUGUUGAGAUACAUUUAAGAGAAUACAGGAUGUACCUGAAUAGCAUAAAGUAAAAUAAACAUAACAUUCUAGCUCCUGUUUCACCCUAGUGUAUUGUAGGUUUAUGACUAUCCAGUCUAGUGUAUACGCAUGGCAUCCCCCUUGCAUAUAAGAGUAUGUUUUUAACCAACACAGAACAACCCCAAGCAAGGAUAUGCAAGACAUUUGAUUUCUCCUGUAAUGUAGCAUUACACCCUUGUCUGUUUUUAUAGCUACCCUGUACAAUGUUGGGUCUGAAUGAUGUGUUUAUUACAAGGUGCAUCUUGAUGUCAGUUUCUUCUUUGUGAUAAAAUGGAGGCUCUUGUGUACUUUACUGUACGUCUGAACUAACAUUUUAAACACCUUCAUGUGAACGCUUGUUACAGUACAAAUGGUAAUGACCAGUUAUUUAGCUUAUUUAUGUACUCCUGUCAAUGUUGUAUGAAGGGACAAGCAGUUCUUGGUUUUAUACCUUUUGUACAUUUUAAUGAUUCCUACUAAAUUGUGAGAACUGAAAUGAAAUAAAGCACAAAUAGAACCUCU